AUGUCUUCUAAAGACAAGAUAGACCACCUCCCGGGAUUUGAUGCCCCGGAAGAUGCGUUGACAGUGGGAGAUGAAACCCCGAAUAAUAAGAAAAAAAAGAAGUCUGGUGGGGUUCAGUGGAUGGGAUUAAGUUUCCCAAUACUUAAAGGAUUGACAAAACGAGGAUAUAAGCAGCCAACUCCAAUUCAGCGCAAGACGAUACCUCUUGCGCUGACAGGCAAAGAUGUAGUUGCUAUGGCCCGAACAGGGUCGGGUAAAACGGCAUGUUUUGUCCUCCCUAUAUUGGAGAAACUGCUGGCUCCAAACACCAAGCCUAUGCCUGGAAAGAACUUCAGAGCUCUCAUCCUAUCACCUACUAGGGAGUUGGCUUUACAGACAUUAAGAUUUGUAAGAGAGCUUGGGAAGUUCACCGGGCUGUCUUCAGCAGCUAUUCUCGGUGGAGAGUCAAUAGAGCAGCAGUUCAGUGUGAUGUCCGGUACAGCCCCAGACAUUGUGGUCGCAACUCCAGGACGUUUCCUUCACAUCUGUAUCGAGAUGAGCUUGAAACUUGAUAAUAUACAGGUCAUAGUAUUUGACGAAGCUGAUCGCCUCUUUGAGCUUGGUUUUGGAGAACAACUGCGAGAAAUCGUUGCCCGGUUACCAUCAUCCCGUCAAACCCUGUUAUUUUCGGCAACAUUACCAAAAAUGCUGGUGGAAUUUGCCAGAGCGGGUCUGACUGACCCGACCCUAGUGAGGUUGGAUGUGGAUUGGAAGCUACCAUCAACUUUGUGGCUGGGUUGGAUCGCAGUGAGAGCGGAAUUAAAGACAGCUGCCCUGUUGAUUCUGUUAGACAGAGUUUUAACCCCAAAAACACCGCAAGCAGUUGUCUUUGCAGCCACUAAGCAUCAUGUCGAGUAUUUGAACUUAAUUCUACAGCAGGCAGGCAUAUCAUCUACAUACGCGUACUCCGGCCUCGACGCAUCGGCUCGUAAAAUAGCUCUCGGUCGCUUCACCAACAAGAAGUGCUCAGUAUUAAUAGUUACAGACGUCGCUGCUAGAGGUCUCGACCUGCCCGCUCUAGAUACUGUCAUCAAUUACAACUUCCCCGCCAAACCAAAGCUUUUUGUGCAUAGAGUUGGUCGCAGUGCACGAGCCGGCCGCGCGGGUCGUGCAUUCUCCCUCAUAGCACCAGAAGAUGUCGCUCAUCUACUAGAUCUACAACUCUUCCUCGGAGCAGAGCUCAUAUCUCCAUCUCAAGUCAAAGAGAGAGGAUCCGCAUGUCCCAGUGGAGUCUGGGGCGCCAUACCUACGUCACAACUCGAGCUGAGGCAUCAGGAUAUUAUGGCGUGGGAGAAGAAUGUAUCAGAAAUUGAAGACGCAGCCCGAGUAUGUGGCCGUGGUUGGCAGCAAUAUAUAAAAUGGCGCGAGGCUGCCUCGGCCGAGGCCAACAAGCGCGCCAAGCUGACCAACUUCCCAGUAGUCGCGCACCCCUUCUUAGUAGACGAGACGGAAAUCGCAGCUGUUGAUAUGAUUGAGAAAAUUAAGAAUUAUACACCUAAAGGAACGAUAUUAGAACUGGCCGCUAAGAACGACGCUCCGAGCUAUUUGGCUAUGAAGAGGAAGAAACAAGUACAUGGCAAGACGGUACAGAAAGUACGAGACAACAAGAAAUUGAUGGCUGAAGGCGUGUUAGAAGACACAAGCAACAUAAAGAGUCGUCCGCCGAACCAACCUCCUAAAAAGAAGAAGAAAGAAGUAGUUCGCGAUGAGAACUACAUCUCACAUUAUGCUAGCGACCAGCAUACUGAAAUGGGUAUGGCGGUGAACUUCGCGGCGGGCGCUGCGUCUGCGCAGCUGGAGCUGGGCGCCGACAGCGGGGACGCGGCGCGCGCGCAACACGCCAUGCUGCGCUGGGACAGGAAGCGGAAGAAGAUGGUGCACGUUGAUCCGGACGGAGGUCGCAAGAUGAUUCGUACAGAGAGUGGCGGGCGCGUCCCCGCGUCGUACCGCAGCGGUCGGUACGACGAGUGGAGGAAACGAAAUGUCGCUGAUGCAGGCUCCGACGAUGAACAGGGACACGACACUAAUAGGAAGAAAGCUGCUUCAGAAUUCAGACCCCACUGGGUGAAACACAACGAGCGCGUCGCCAAGAAAUCAGCGGAGGCCAAGUCUAAAGAGUUUAAGAACAAACAACAAAUCGUGAAGGAAAGAAUACGGAAAGAAAAGAUUAAACAGAAACUCAAGUUUAAAAAUAACAAGAAAAAGAAGAGGAAAUAA